CACGGUAGUUUGCUUGUGUGCGCGCCGCUGCACGCACUGUAGCUGUGCUGUUUGGGUCCUGAAACUGGCAUUACUGCCGUCGCGUGCACAUUUUGCCGAACUUUGAGUUAUAUAGUCAAAGACGCAGAGUCUAUAUAAACUAUGUCCAUGGUGUUUUGCUUAAUGUGAAUCCUCCAUAAUACUGGCAGUUGUAAAUUAUCUCAUAUAUGUGAAGUAAUAGAUGAUGAACGGAUACACAACAAAACAAUUACAAAGGUUGGAAAAAAAGAAGAAAAAAGUGGCAGCAUUUUUAGAAAUUGCGAAACUCAAUGACAGAGAUAAAGAAAUAAAAUUGCAGUCUCAAGAAGAGACAUCAAUUGUUGAUGAUAUAUUAAGUAAACAGAAUAAUAUUGAUAUGACUGGAGAAGAUUCUAAUAAACGAUCCCGUGACAUGGAUACAGAUGAUAUAAACAGGUUGGAUUACAUUAAGGAAAUUACAUUAAGGCUGCUAAAACCUGGCGAAACCAUUCAUACUGAACGCUACCGACAAUAAAUGAUCGAUUUGAAUCAAGCGUGAAAGACGACCAGAAUAUCAAAAAAGGCAACACAAAGUGAUUUUGCUUCAUGAUAAUGCACCAUCACACACAGCAAAAUUGGUCAAGGAAACGAUUGAGACGUUUAGUUGGAAAAUACUUACGCAUGUGGCUUACUCACCAGACUUGGCUCCAUCUGAUUUCUACUUAUUUGCAUCGAUGGAACACACACUUGCUGAGCAAUGCUUCACUUCUUACGAAAAUGUAUGAAAAUGACUCGAUGACUGGUUUGCCUCAAAACAGCUACAGUUUUUUUGGCGUGGCAUCCACAAAUUGUCAGACAAGUGGGAA